AUGUGUUGGAAGGGGUCAUCUUUAAUGUGCGUAAAGUGUGUAUUGUUAUGUUUGAAUGUCAUAUUUAUACUGAUUGGGCUUUCGUCUAUCGUGAUAGCUAGCUGGGCCUUAUUUUGGCCUCAAAUAUUUUUGGAUAUUAUGGGACCUCAUUUGUUAAGAAUAUCAGCAUAUUCAACUAUAUCCAUUGGAGGAGUCAUUUUGCUACUAUCAAUUUUAGGAUGCACAGGGGCUGCACUUGAAAAUCGCUGCAUUUUGGUUACGUUCUUCACACUACUUUGUGGCUUGUUCAUGGCUUGUCUGGUUAUUGGAACACUAGCAACUGUAUUUAGAAGAGACUUAAUUAUACUAAUGGUUAAUCGGAUGAGUAUUGCCGUACAGCAAGAUUACGGAAAUUCAGACUUCUGGACGGAACUACUUGACCUUCUUCAGUCAAGGUUGAAAUGUUGUGCUGUUGAAGAUAAUCAAGCAGAUUUAUAUCUUCGUUCUGUUUGGUAUUCACGUCAAAUACAUCAAUCUUCAGUAUUUGGAACAAAUUCAAUACGUUUAUUAUCUCAAGAAUAUGAUAAUAAUUUAGGAAUACCAAGUGUAGUAAAUGUUCCAAUGUCAUGUUGUGUAUAUUCAUUGGAAACUAAAGAAUUUUCUAAUCGUACCGCUUGUCAAAUUGGUUCUUUAAAAUCUAAUUUAAAUCCAUAUCUUAAUCCUCAUGGUUGUGCGAAUGUGAUUAUUGCCCUGCUGUAUCAGUAUUUCAUCCCAUUAAUUAUAAUGGUUGUCAUAUUGGCCGUACUAAUGAUGGCUGGUUUAAUAUUAGGCUUAUUACUAUUAAGAAGUUUUUCAAUGGAUGAUUAUCCAGAGAUUAAUUUACGUGAAAAUGUAUGA